AUGAACCAUGACAAUUUCAUGAGCAAAGGCAAUAGGUUUAGUACUUCAGUUCAGGAUCCAGCCAUCAAUUUACCUGCCUCUCCGCUCGAAGUCGGAGUCACUCUGUGUGCCGUGUGCCACUUCACCGUUCGCCGACUGCCUCUCGCCGUGCCGCCGCCUCACCGCUCGCCGCUCGAUGUGCUCCACCUCGCCAUCCGCCGCGUAGGCAACAAUCAAUUGUCCGGAUCAAUCCCACCAUCAAUCUUCAACAUAUCAACGUUGAAGAUUUUAGAUCUUUCAGAUAAUCGUUUCUAUGGAAUUCUUCCCCUCACUCCCGAGCUCUCUCUUCCAAAUCUCAACGUAUUGCAUUUGUCGAGCAAUGAACUCAAUGGGGAGAUUCCGAUUUCGAUCACCAAUGCUUCUAAUUUAGAUAUAUUGGAAUUGUCAAAUAACUCAUUCAGUGGCACCAUACCCAACUUGGGCAGCUUAAGGCUCUUACGAACACUUCGCCUUUGGGAUAAUUCUCUGAGUGGAUUAGGAUUUAUCUCUUCAUUAGCUAUUUGCCAGUUUUUGGAGCAUUUAGAGAUUUUGUCCAACCCACUUGACGGCAUCCUCCCUGAUUCCACUGGGAAUUUAUCAAAAUCUCUUACAAUUUUCAAGGCACGUGGCUGCAACAUUAACGGAGUUAUUCCUUCUACCAUCGGAAACCUGAUUGGUCUGCAACUUUUAGACUUAUCAGAAAAUCAGAUCACAGGAGUUAUACCUCCAACAUUAGGGAAAUUAAAUCGGCUUCAAGUAUUAUAUCUUUAUGCCAAUCAACUGCAUGGGUUUAUCCCUCAAGAUAUUUGUGGGAUGAGUAAUAUAGGUUACUUGUACCUGCUCAAAAAUAACCUCACAGGUCCCAUACCUGAAUGCUUCGGUGAGCUUAAAUCCCUAAGAAAUAUCGACUUAAGUUCCAACAAGUUGAAUUCCAGCAUACCUCUCAACUUCUGGAACUUGAAGGACCUUUUGUUUCUCAACUUGUCCUCAAACCGUUUGAGUGGUCAACUUCCAUAUGAAAUUUCAGCUUUGAGACAACUAAAUCAACUAGAUUUGUCCUAUAAUCAACUUUCCGAAGACAUUCCAAGAUCAAUCGAUGGUUGCGAAUCAUUAACGUCUCUAAAUUUGUCGGAUAACAAAUUUGAAAGAUCCAUUCCUCCAUCACUGGGGAAUAUCAGAGCCUUGAGGGAAUUGGAUUUAUCCAACAAUGAUCUUUCGGGGCUGAUCCCGGAGUCCUUAGAAGGCCUCAAAUUCCUUCAAUACUUUAAUGUGUCUUACAACAAAUUGGAAGGAAUGAUUCCCACAGCCAUAAUACUAUUUGUGUUUGUGAGGACACGAAAACCAAAAAGAGGGCUUGCUUCUACUGAUACUGAUAAUGUUUCGCUUGGUGUUACUUGGAGAAGAAUUUCAUACAUAGAACUUGUUAGGGGAACUAACGCCUUCAGUGAAACAAACUUACUUGGAAACGGAAGCUUUGGUUCGGUUUUCAAAGGGGUGCUUUCUGAUGGCCUAAAUGUUGCAGUGAAAGUCUUCAACUCUCAAUUAGAAAGAGCUAUCCGCAGUUUUGAUACGGAAUGUGAAAUACUUAGCAGCAUUCGACACAGAAACUUGGUCCAAAUAAUUGGUUGUUGUAGCAACACAGAAUUCAAAGCUUUGAUUCUCGGGUUCAUGCCAAAUGGCAGCCUCGAGAAAUGGUCGCACUUGGAAAACUGUGGCUUGGAUUUGAUAUCAAGGCUGCAAAUUGCAAUAGACGUUGCAUUAGCCUUGGAAUAUCUCCAUCAUGGUCAUACAUUCCCGGUCAUUCAUUGUGAUAUAAAGCCGAGUAAUGUGUUGCUUGAUGAGGAUAUGGUUGCCCACCUUUGUGAUUUUGGGAUAGCCAAGCUCUUUGAUGAUGGGGAGAAUAUUGUUCUUACGAAAACCUUGGGGACAAUUGGUUAUGCAGCACCAGAGUAUGGAUCAGGAGGCAGAGUGUCAACAAGUGCAGACGUUUAUAGCUAUGGCAUACUGUUGCUGGAAAUGUUCACGAGCAAGAAGCCAACAGAUGCUAUUUUCAAUGAAGAGAUGAGCUUGAAGGAGUGGGUACUUAAAGCUUUACGAGAAAAUGCAGUAGCUAAAAUUGUGGGCACUGAUUUUCUAGCAAGUGAAGAUCAGCAUUUUCAUGCAAGGGAAGAAUGUGUAUCGUCUAUCUUUGGUUUGGCAAUGAGAUGCUUGGCUGUUAUGCCCGAUGAAAGGAUUAACAUGAUGGAAACAACUGCUGCACUGCAGAGGAUUAAAGCCAAAGUUGCGGCUGACACUACAAGUCGUCAACAAUAUGCAUCGUCCAUUAUUUCAAGACGUUAG